CCCCUACCCCGGCCCCACGGGCGGACACUCGGCCGGGCAGCCGCGGGCCGAGCGCACCGCUGCCGCCGAUGUGCCUGGUGGCCAGACUCCAAGUGGGACCGGCGGACGCGCUGCCUCGCGAAGCUGAUGGAGACUCAAGCUUUGGAACCAGGGACUCGGGAAGUUUAUGGUGCCACCAGCCACCUCCCUAACAAGGGGAGCCUGUCGAAGACCAAAAAGAACUUCAAAGACUUGAUGUCCAAGCUGACAGAGGGACAGUAUGUGCUCUGCCGGUGGACAGAUGGGCUGUACUACCUCGGCAAGAUCAAGAGGGUCAGCAGUCCUAAGCAAAGCUGCCUCGUGACGUUCGAAGACAAUUCCAAGUUCUGGGUCCUGUGGAAGGACAUACAGCAUGCUGGUGUUCCAGGAGAGGAGCCCAAGUGUGACAUCUGCCUGGGGAAGACGUCAGGGCCCAUGAAUGAGAUCCUCAUCUGUGGGAAGUGUGGCCUGGGUUACCACCAACAAUGCCACAUCCCCAUUGCCGGCAGUGCCUCCCGGCCCCUCCUCACUCCUUGGUUCUGCCGACGCUGCAUCUUCGCACUGGCUGUGAGGAAAGGCGGCGCGCUGAAGAAAGGCGCCAUCGCCAGGACGCUGCAGGCAGUCAAGAUGGUGCUGUCCUACCAGCCCGAGGAGCUCGAGUGGGACUCGCCCCAUCGCACCAACCAGCAGCAGUGCUACUGCUACUGCGGCGGGCCCGGAGAGUGGUACCUGCGGAUGCUGCAGUGUUACCGGUGUAGGCAGUGGUUCCAUGAGGCUUGCACACAGUGCCUCAGUGAGCCCAUGGUGUUUGGAGACCGGUUCUACCUGUUCUUCUGCUCCGUGUGUAACCAAGGCCCAGAGUAUAUCGAGAGGCUGCCCCUGCGCUGGGUGGACAUAGUUCACCUGGCCCUCUAUAACCUGGGAGUGCAGAGCAAGAAGAAGUACUUUGACUUUGAGGAGAUUCUGUCCUUUGUCAACCAGCACUGGGAGCCUCUGCAGCUUGGCAAGCUCAGCAGCACCCCUGUGACGGAUCGAGGACCGCUUCUCCUCAAUGCUCUCAACAGUUACAAAAGCCGGUUCCUGUGUGGCAAGGAGAUUAAGAAGAAGAAGUGCAUCUUCCGCCUGCGUGUCCGCGUCCCACCCACCCCUCCAGGAAAGCUGCUCCCCGACAGGGGGCUGAUGCCAAGUGAGAGAGGGUCCUCUGAGCUGCUUCGUAAGAGAGGAAAGAGCAAGCCUGGCUUGUCGCCUCAUGAAUCCCAGCAGCAGAAAAGGCGAGUUUAUAGAAGAAAGAGAGCAAAGUUUUUGCUGGAAGAUGCUAUUCCCAGUAGUGACUUCACCUCCGCCUGGAGCACCAACCACCACCUGGCCAGUAUAUUUGACCUCACCCUGGACGAAAUGCAGAGUUUAAAGAGUGCCGGCUCAAGCCAGAUCCUCUUCUCAGACGUGGACUCCAGCGAUGCUGCCAGCACCUCCGGCUCGGCCUCCACCAGCCUCUCCUAUGACUCCAGAUGGACAGUAGGCAGCCGCAAGAGGAAGUUGGCAGUGAAGACGUACAUGCCCCUGCGGGCAAAGCGCCAGGCAGCUGAGCUGGACGGACGCUGCCCCCCAGACAGUAGUGCAGAGGCGGCUCUGGGCCCAGAGCCGCCGGAUGAAGGCAUUGACAGCCACACGUUGGAAAGCAUCAGUGAAGAUGACUCCUCCUUGUCCCACCUCAAGUCGUCCAUCACCAGCUACUUCGGUGCAGCUGGGAGGUUAGCUUGUGGGGAGAAGUACCAAGUGCUGGCUCGGAGGGUCACGCCCGAGGGCAAGGUUCAGUACCUGUUGGAAUGGGAAGGAACCACCCCUUACUGAUUACCCCUCGGGGGCUGCCUAGAUCCCUAGAAACCAAAGGAGGGACAGAAGAAGCCAUUGGCUCCCUGUUUUCUCCAGGCUGGGGUGGUGGAGGGCAGCAGGACAGAGCCAGAGCCAUAAGGGCCUAGCUGUGGUCCCUGCCUGCUGCCUGCCAGGCCAAGGCCUGUGUGCUGCUGUCCCAACUGCCUGUGUCUCUAAGAGCCCGCUGACCCUUCCUCAUUGUCUGUACACUCCGUACCCCUCAAACUGUUGAUUGGUUCCUCUGGUUCCAAGGUGCCCUGGCUCUGACCCUUCAUGAUCCUGAGGCCUGGUCUGUUUUUCACUGUCCCCAACUGGCCAUCUUUUACCUCGCCCCUUUUGGGUGUUUUGUGUGGUCAGACAUCUUCCAUGUGCACGUGUGCAUCUGCCCCUCACUGGAUAGCCUUCACUGGGUUCUCACUGGGACCACACUGAGAGAAGGGUCUCCUGAGGGUCUUCCACUUUCUCACCAAUACCCCUAAUGCCAGGAAGGUAGGGAGGGUAUCUGAGAAAGUUUAGAGUGCCUGGGACCCAGGGCCUGGGGAGUGAUGAGCUGGGUCUCUGUGAAGGGACCAGCAUCAGGGUCCUGUAUUGAGGCUCAGAGGGAAGACUACAGGAGUCAGCUCUUAGGGUCCCAGUGAUACUCCUUCACUGUUAUGGAGUGGAGCCUGGCCUUGCUGCCUAGAGGUGAUCUUAGAUCUCAGAGGAAAUGAUGGGAGCCGAGCCAGGUUGGAUUGAAUCCCAGACUCAUCACACAGUCCAACACCACACACUGUGUGUAUAGACACACACAGUCACACAUCCCCAUUACCUCCAGACACCCUGGCUCCUGUCCUUGGCCUCUUCCAGGGAUACAUGCUGCAAUUAAAUGUGAAAACCAAACUCCUGCCCCCUCUGACCUGUAAACCAGCCUUGACCCCACAGAGAAGCACAAAAGAUUCCCCUCUCCUACAUAGCACCUGCCUCACCCUGGAACUGACAAUCACUUUGGGGACAGGCUGGAGUUUUUCAAGGGCCUGAAUCAUUCAUUCCCUUCAGAAAGGAAGCCUUAGUCAUUGAUGGUAUAAGCAGAAUUCUUAGAAGGGACAAACAUCCCCACCUGGAGGGAAACCAAAACUAGGAGGUGGGCAAGGAGCCCUUAUUUUGCCUGCAGAAAUAUUAGAAACUGACUCACUUGGUUGGAAAGUGGAAAGAGGUGCCUUUGGGCUGGGAGGCGGGUCACCAGAUCAGGGCCAGCCUCACCAACUGCUGCUGUGGCUGCCAGCUGGGCAGGGUUCUGCAGGCUGCCAGCUGGAAGGCGAAGAUGAACAGUAUGGGGACAUCAGACCUAUAUCAGAGGGGCUGAUAUUUCCAUGACUGGGCCUGACCCCACCACACCUGCCUGUGAGCAUUCAGGGGGUCCCAGAAGUAAGGUUAGAUGGCCCUUGCCUUAAGUCUUGCAACUGUAGUGCCUUGUAAAGGGACAUCACCUCUCACUGUGGACACAGCCACCCAUUCCCCUCUGCUUCCCUGCCUUGUCUGAGGCAAGGAUGGACAGAUGGGCACUGGUCCCAGUUCUCAGUCUCACAGCUGCUGCCACUGAGGCCCCCAAGUGGGGCCAGGUGGAAGAGUUGUGAAGCCAGCAAGAGUGUGGGAACUGGGCUCAGACUUGUGGCUCCCGGUUGGCUUCAGUGAGCAUGCCAACCUCCAAUAUCUGCUUUCCAGGCUGCUGGGAAAGCCAGAGAGCAAGAUUGGCCAUUGUACAUCUGCCCCUUCCCUGCUGGGCCUGAGGAGCAGGAAGGGGGAGUGGGGUGCUUGUCCCAUGGGGAAAGCUAGCACAAGGCCGACCAGGUCACCUGACUCCUCACACCAGCAUUUCACUCCCACAAGAUAAUGGCUGCAUUACUGCCAACUGACAGUAUAACCCUGUGCACCUUUGAAAAGAUUUUGGUUUUGAAUUGCUGCUUUUAAUAAUAUUUGUUAUAUUAAAGUUAUAAUUGUGUCUGGA